CACAUAUUCCAGCUGAAGGGUCGACAGCAUCAGAAGGAGUUGGGUUUAAACCGGCUGAAGCUCAAGAUUCACAUUCUCAAACACGACGAACUGAAUCCGAGAUAUCUGAUAUGUCUCUUCUCGAUCUCGUAAAACAAAGUGGUCAAGUCGUUCAGAAUAAAAUUAAUUUAUUAAGUAAUGCUGUUGGUAAUCAUAAUGUCGAAAAUGUGCACGAGAAUACUCAUACCAAUGGAAAUUCUUUUGAUGUCGAUAAAAAAGAUCAAGAAGAAGAUAAAAUUCCAACAGCGCACAUUCCAAUUAGAGGGUCGACAGCAUUAGAAGGAGUUGGGUUUAACGCGACUGGAGCUCGACCAACUAACAACAACAAUAGCUCCAAAGAGCCAACAAAAGAGAAUAUUACAAAUGAUGAUUCAUCACAAUCAAAAACACAAGUUAGUUACAUUGAUCAAGCCACAAACGUUAUUGAUAAUAUUCUCGAUUCUGUAAAGACAACCAUCGGAUCACUUGUCGGUAACGUUGAGCCCGUGAAGCAACAAGAUGCCACUAUUACUGAAAAUGUAGCAUAUCAACCAAGUUCAACAGGUUCCGCUCAGUUUAAUGAUCCUUUAGCUGUGUCAAAUGCCUGUGAACGGGAUAUUCCUUAUUUGAAGGAUUUAGAUGUUUCGCACACAACUGGCCGCCGUUCAAUUUUUCAAGUACGUGGAAUUUCAUACCCGCCACGACGACGCGCGAAAUCUAAUAAACAAAAUUCCCAAAUCGAAAACGACGAAAACGAAAUUUUCGAAGAAGUCAUUCGAAUUCUUGAAUCACAUAUUGACGGAAUUGAACAAAAGAUAAAUGUCUUAACCAAAUCCACUAUCAUUCAAAACUCUUCGGAACAAAUUUCUGAUAAAUCGAAUACUAAAGACAGCAAGUUUUCAGAGUUGAGCACCGACGAAUUAUUGAAAUUAACGCAGGAUUUGGGUUUACUUAAUAAUAAUUAUAUGGAACAGAAUACGACAGAAUUAAUAGAGCAGCAAAAUGAAGAGCAGAAACUAAAAUUACAGCCAAGACAAUUUGACUUUGUCUUUAGUUGGUGUAAUAUACCUUUAAAUGAUUUUAAUAUAUAUUCGACAAGCGAAUUAGGGUCGUAA